AAUAGAAGUUUUCAGGUUCUCUCAAGUCUGAACACAACAAUCCCAUGAUGAAUCUUUACCUGAACCUCUUAACCAAAGAUUAAACUUUAAAUAUAUAUAAAACUUAAAAAUUUACCAUGUUCCCUUUCAGUGUUCAAUGCAGGAAUAAAUCAAUCUUCUUUUCAGUAUUAAAUUAUCUAAAUACUACAUGCUAUCACAUUACAAUUGAAUCAAUUCCUUUUUCAGGUUCUUUUAGACAGAAAACCACAUUGUGUUGAAAAAUUGUCACAAUUAAAAACUAAACCUUUACAUAAAAACAUUAUCAGCCACGAUAUUCAACUGAUAUUUGAAUAAAGAGCAUUAUAACGCUGAUCACUAAGGGAUGUUUGAGCAACCCAUGUAGGCUGUAACAAAAUGUAGACACUGUAUUAGAGGGACAUAAGAGGGAGUGCACUCUACACUUUUCAGCCAAUCACAACAAUUUUAACUCUAUAGACUUUGGAGAUAUUGUUAGUAAACCUUCAUUUGGGCAGCAAGUUGUCAGUUCUACAAAAUGCAUUUUGCCACAAUGAUUAGAAAACUGACUGCUUUGAUUCUUCUGACUGCAGCAUCUCUGACUCAAACUAAUGAGGUUCCUCAUCAGAUCACUUUGAAAGUGGUUGAAGUUGGUGGGAAUGUUACUCUGCAUUGUCCAAGAUCAAGCAAGGAAGGAAACUUCUUCCAAUGGUACAAGCAGCCGCUUGGACAUAUGCUCCAGACAGUUGCUACAUCAGUUCAUGGCCAACAGAAACUGACUGAACAAUUUCCCAACAAUCGCUUUAAAUUUACAGCAGGAGAUUCUCAAUACUCUCUUACUAUCAAGGAUAUCAUUAAAGAGGAUGAAGCUACAUAUUUCUGUCAAAGUGGAAAAGCUUAUUCCCUGAGUUUUUCUUCAGAGAUAUACUUGGCCGUACACGAUUGUGAAAGUCGAACACUGACUCAUGUCAGACAAACUCCAGAAACAACAUCAGUCCAGGAGGGGGACAAAGUUAAUCUCCACUGUUCUCUUCACUUCAGCAGUAGAGACAACACCAGUCAUAAUCCAUCGGAUUACAAUUUGUACUGGUUCAGAGCUGGAUUUGGAGAAUCCCAACUGAGUUUUAUUUACACCAAGAAGAACAGGAGCAGUAAUAGUAGCUGUGUCUCCCAGCUGUCCAAAACUAUACAGAACUCCUCAGAUACUGGGAUAUAUUACUGUGCUGUGGUCACAUGUGGAAAGAUCUUGUUUGGAGAAGGAACUAAAGUAAAGAUGAGUUCACAAUUCAAUCCAGCUGUUCUUGUACUUAGUGUGCUGUUGGCGUGCUGUGUGACGCUAAUUAUUUCUCUUAUUGUAUACAUAAAACUAAAAGUUUGUGGACAUUUUGAAGGUAGGUUUGUCAUGUACAGAACUCUUCCAAAAACAAAGUUGUAG